ACAAAAUUGUGGGUUGUCAGAUUCAUUCAUCGACUAAAAAACCAAAAUAGCAUAUUUUUUAACAUUUAUUUUGUAUUAUUUUUCAAUUAUUUUCAACCGAAAAUGUCUGGGAAAGAUAGAAUAAACGUAUUUCCUUCCAGAAUGGCACUGACCAUAAUGAAAGGACGUCUCAAAGGAGCGCAAAAAGGUCACUCUUUGUUGAAGAAAAAGGCAGAUGCAUUGACUUUGAGAUUUAGAAAUAUCUUGAAAGACAUCAUAGAGACCAAAACAGUGAUGGGUGAAAUAAUGAGGGAAGCUCAGUUUUCAUUGGCGGAGGCAAAUUUUGCCGCAGGAGAUUUUAGUUACGGAGUGUUGGAAAAUGUUGACAAGGCUCAGACAAAAGUUCGUGCAAGAAAUGAAAAUGUGGCUGGUGUGACACUUCCUCUGUUUGAAGCCACCUCUGAUGGUGCCAGUGCUUAUGAACUAACUGGUUUAUCUCGUGGAGGACAACAGGUCAAUAAUUGCAAAGAGGUUUUUGCCAAAGCUGUCAAUCUCCUAGUAGAACUUGCUUCUCUUCAGACUUCCUUUAUUACUCUUGACGAGGCCAUAAAGAUCACUAAUCGUCGUGUCAACGCCAUUGAGCAUGUUAUCAUCCCUCGGAUCCAGGCAACCAUUGCUUACAUAAACACUGAACUUGACGAGCGAGACAGAGAAGAAUUCUACAGACUUAAAAAGAUUCAAGAAAAGAAGAAGAUCAAAAAGGCGAAGGCAGAAGCAGCAAAAUUGGCUAGUGGUGAAAAACCAUCAGCUGGUAGUGCCGCUGUUCCAAAUCUUCUUGAGGAUGACAGAGAUGAAGACCUUCUCUUUGAGUGAAAUAUCCUCUUGAAAACAAUAUUCCAAAGUGAUCAAAAACAUUUCCAAGUGAGCACAAAUGUUCCUAAAUCUCCAUCACAACCUAAUAACAGUGUUUUGUGGUGCAUUGUAAGGCUAAUGCUAUGUAGAAAUCAUGAUUAUUUAUUUGAUGGGCUGGAACACCAGGAGAGGCUGCAGCUGGGGGGGGUUCUUACUUUCAAGAUCAAGAUUAGGAUUUGAUUUAGGAUUAAUGAGAUGAUUAGGGGGAUUCUUACUUUCAAGAUCAAGAUUAGGAUUUGAUCUAGGAUUAAGGGGAUGGUUAGGGGAGGUUUGAUAAAGUUUGAAAAUAAAACCCCUCCAUUUGAAAAUAUAAACACCGACCAUACCACUGAACUGAAGCCCAUUGUAAAAUUUAUCAUUUUAUCCAAGAUAUCAAAUUUAAAAGGCAGAACAACGUCAGUUGUGAAUUUCUUGACAAAAACUUUAAAUGUAAUCCAUGAUCUGUUUAAAUAGCUGGAGCAUGAUUGAUAGUAAAUUUUAUAUUAUAAAUGAGCUUUAUCUGAUAAAUGUAAUAUUUAUAAUGAAUUUAAGCAGAACAAACAUAACAAACGUCAAAGACAUGGCGAUGAAGUGUGUUGAUAUGAACCUACUGUAGUUGUAAACAUAUUAGGUGUAAAAAACUGCACAAACAGUAGAGGCUCAGUAUUCAGUAUAUAAUACUUCAAUUAUAUCGCCAUUUUAAGAGUACAAUGGUCAGCAAAACCAGGUGGUAUAAUAGCAUGUCUGCAGACACACGAUACAGGUCAAAGCUUGAAAUCUGAUUAGAAAUGCAAGCUUUGGAAACAAAUCAUUGCAAAAAACACCAAGUCACUUCUCAAACUAGAGGAAUAUCUACCCCCAGUCUGACAGAACAC